GCCCAACGAGUCACGAUGCACUACGAACCCGGAAUUCUUGUCGCGGCUUUGGCCAUAGCAUGUCUUGCAGUCGAUUUCGAUUGGAAUACCAUUAUCCCAAGCAAACAGUUACAAUACCAUCCAUGUUACGAGGGAAAGCAAUGCGCUCGACUCAUCUUGCCGCUCGACUGGAAAGACAGCAACAAUAGCGACACAGUUGCCAUUGCAAUACUCAAAGUGCCCGCGGCUGUUGCUGAAGACGAUCCGUCCUUUGGCGGUCCCAUACUUAUCAACCCUGGAGGACCCGGAGGCUCCGGUACCAUAUUUGCCAAUUACGCAGGCACGCGCUUCCAGGACCUGAUUGACAUUCCCGGCAAGAAACGCUAUGAGAUUAUCGGAUUUGACACUCGCGGAUCGGGUGAGUCGACACCGCUUGUCAACUGCUUCCCGGGCAAGACGGGCGUCUCAAGAGCCGUUCCCGAGGUGCAGUGGACGGCUGCAGGCACACCUGAGAACGACAUGGCCCUCAAGUAUGAGCUUGCGCAGGCCAAGAUUGCCUAUCUUCGAUGCGAGGCAGCUAACGGCCGUCUACUGUCGUUUGUGAACACACCGAGUAUUGCACGAGAUAUGGUGUCCAUUAUCGAUGAAUUGGCCAGAAUCCGAUCAAACACUACAGUACGCCGUGACAAUACCACAGACCCUACCCCACGACUGCAAUACUACGGGAUUUCCUACGGCACAGAACUCUGAAACUACUUUGCAUCCAUGUUCCCAGAACGUAUCGGCCGUUUAGCUCUCGAUGGUGUAGUAGAUGCCGAGGAGAACCGCUCUGUGGAUGCUUGGUCGACAAACACAGUUGAUGCGGACAAGAUAUUUUCCGUUUUCUUGAGUGAUUGCUUCGAGGCUGGCCCUGGACGAUGCCAUCUCGCCACGCCGGAGGAUUCCUCAGCUGAUGAUAUUGG